AUGUCUAGUUCGAUUUCUCUGUCUACGUCAGUGAAUAUAGCGACGACGACGACGUCGAAAGUCGGCAUCGCGACGCCUUCGUUAGUGACAACGGCUGCUUCGCACAUUUUGCAAAGUGUUGCUUCGAGCACAAACGGCAAAGAAUUGGACAAAAGUGAAAUUAACGAUGCCGUUACCAAAGUGUUGCAAGGCUACGACUGGACCCUGGUGCCUAUUGCUUCCAAAGCCGCUUCUGAUAAAAGAAAACUCCACGUCAAGAGACCCAUGAAUGCUUUUAUGGUAUGGGCUCAAGCGGCUAGGCGAAAACUUGCAGACCAAUAUCCACAACUUCACAACGCUGAAUUAUCGAAAACUUUGGGCAAACUUUGGAGAUUACUUAGCGAUAGCGAUAAGAAACCGUUCAUCGAAGAAGCAGACCGACUUCGAGUAAUACACAAACGCGAACAUCCCGAUUACAAAUACCAACCACGCAGACGAAAACAGAACAAAGCUUCUCCGGAAUCAAUUCAUAUAUCCCACCAACAAAGCAUUACCUACCAUCAUCGUCCGAUGAAACAAGAAGACUCGCCUUGUAGUCCAAGAAGCCGCAGCUCCACUUCUCCGUCUACUUGUUCGUCUCAACCCAAUAGUCCGCUGAUAUCUUCCCAGUUACUUAAGUCGUGUGAGCCGCACAGUUUUGAUCUAGAUAGCUACCCAAGAAUUCCAGAAAUAGACAACAGUUAUGGGCCUGAUGAAGGCUUUGACAGUAGCGACUUUGACCAGUAUCUCCCCAGCGAGACCUACCAGCAGUUUCACAAAGAUGACUCGAACAAUAAUUACAAAAACAAGAGAUUGUGCACAGAGAGCUUGAAUAACCCCAACGACGCCUUUAACAGGUACCAUGAAUUGCAGCCGACUACAGUCGUGAAAACAGAAAAAUACUUGGAGUCAAGUACCUCCGCCAUGUAUCCUUAUCCAUCACCCUCUGCCGGUUACUAUACAAACAACGCUCAGUAUUUACCUUCUUAUCAAUAUUUGCCACAAAGGCCUAUGUUUGGCGGUUCGUCUACGGUUGCAGGUUUUCCCAACGAGGGGCCCAGCGAAGCUUGGGGACCUUACAGUGUGUGA